AUGACAGAUUAUAAUAAAUUUAUUAAUAAAAUAAAAACAUUACCAAUUCAUGAAUGUUUAAUUUUAUUAGAAAGAUUUAUUGAAAAUGAAAAUGAUUUAAUUAAAACAGCAUUACUUCCAAAUAUGCAACAACCAAUAAAAGAAAUGUUAAAUAAAGAAGUAUUAUUAAAAUUAACAACAAAAGCAUUAACAGUAUUUCCAGAACUUCUUAUUAAAAAAGAAAAAGAGGAUAUUCAAAUUAUUAGUUUAUUAUGGAAUAAAACAAAAGAAAAUAAUGAAUUUCUUAAUUCUAUUGAUGAAUAUUUUAAAUUAAAGUUUCAUAAAGAACUUGAAGAAGAAAGUAAAAAAGAAGGAUUUAAUAAGAAUAUAAAACAAAUAGUUUAUUUCUUAUUUAAAUUUAAAAAUUUAACAGAAGAAUUAAAAAAAGAAUAUUUUAAAGGAAAUAUUAUUUUUGGCGAAUGUGUUACAAAUUCAUUUAAAUCUUGUUUAGUUAAAAAUAAAAUUACAAAUGAAGGUGAUGAAAAACAAAUAGAAGUUCUUUUAGCUACUUUUAUUCAUAAUAUUAUGACAAAUAUUAAAUCAGAAGAAGAUACAAUGAAAGAAUUAACAAAUGUAUUAGAUAUUGUUUCUUAUUUAACUGAUAAAGAGUCAUUUAUUAUAUUACAUCAAAAAUUUUUAUUAAAAAGAAUUAUUCAAAAUACUAUAAAAUCUAUUUUAUUAGAAUCUUCAGUUGUUGAUGAUAUUUCUAAAAAUUUCUCUUGUUCUGCUUCUUUUAAAUUAAAACAAAUUAUAAAAGACUAUACAUUGUCUUUAGAAAUGACUAAAGAAUUUUGUAAUAAAAAUCAAAUUCCUUUAAAACUAAAUAUUAUUGUUUUCUCUAAAUUUUUAUUUAAUGCAAAUGACAUUUAUUGCUCAAUUCAAAUGGAUAAUUAUCUUCAAAAUAUUUGGAAUUUAUUUGUUACUUCUUAUAAAAGUAUUCAUACAGAUAGAAAAUUAGAAUUAAAUCAAUUAUGUUGUUCUGUUAUUCUUUCUUAUUAUAAUGGAAUAAAAGAAUACAAAUUAGAAAUUAGUUAUAUUCAGUAUUGUAUUUUAAUGAAAUUACAUGAUAAUGGAAAAUUAACUAUUAAUGAAUUACAAAAAUCUAUAGCUCCUUCAUUAGACUCUUUUAAAUUCCAUUUAAAUUCUUUAAUCAAUUAUAAUAUUUUAUCUAGUUCAAAUGGCUUUGAAGGAAAUAGUCUGAUUUGGUUUACUAAUAAUUCAAUUACUGAUGGUUUCUUAUUAAAUAAAAUUGAUAAGAAAUUAGUAAAUAAUCAAAAUAAAAAUAAAGGAAAAACUAAAGAAAGUGAAUCAAAAAAAUUUACUGCUGUCAUUUGUUAUCAAGUUAAAUUAAUGAAACAAAGAAAAGACCUUAGUUAUAAUGAUAUUAUUAAAUAUACUCUUUCUCAGUUAAGUUCCUCACUUAAUAUUGAUAUAAAAUUAGCUAAACAAGGUGUUGAAUAUCUUAUUGAAAAAGAAUAUAUCUUAAGAGAUGAACAAGACAAUGGAUUGUUCCAUUAUAUUGCUUAA